AUGGGUUCCAAGGGAGUAGCAACAACAACACUACUACUUGUCCUUGUGCCUAACCUUGUUUUGAUCAUUUGUGUUAGCUCUAGUUUUGUGCCAUCUGCAGGUACUUACCCUACCGGCCUAGACUUGGAUGUUUGUGGUAAUUUGUUAGUGAGGAUUAGUCCUGGGAAUACUGAUCCGGGACAAUGCUGCCCAAUCAUUGCAGGCUUAGCUAAACAUAUAGAUGCAGCUGCUUGUCUCUGCCUUUCACCCAAUGACCUCAACAUCCGGGGUAUCGGUUUGCUCGGUGAAAUCCCCAACGAUACCUUGAACUUGCUACUCAAUCAGUGUGGAAAAAGUUCGGCUCCCUCUAACUUCCAGUGCCCAUAUGAAUGA